GGGAGAGGAGAGAGGUAUAAAAAGGAGAUGUCUGAGGACUGAACGACAAAGGACGGCAGUUAAAAAACGUAUUCACAGAGGAGUGGAGACAAAACGCUAAGUUUAAGCUGAGCAAAUCACUGCAGAAAAAAACAUCAAGAGAGAAGCAGGGGACAGGAAGACUUCAGAGGCCACAAGCAACAUACACCACAGAGAUGGAAGCAGACAUGAAGAAGGUAACAGAGAAAGUGAAGGGCACAGACAGUGACCUGUCAGAACAGAUUAAAGCUGUGACUAAGGACAGUCACGUCAGAGCUGAGAACACAGAACUCAUGCUGAGCUACCAGAGAGGACAUAUAACUCUCCCACAGUACAAGCUCCUGCUGUGCUCACUGUAUGAGAUCUAUAGAGCCCUGGAGGAGGAACUGGACAGAAAUUCUGCCAACCCAGGCGUAGCGCCAAUUUACUUCCCCCAGGAACUUGCCCGAAAGGAGGCACUAGAGAACGACCUUGAGUUCCUCCUUGGACAAGGCUGGAAGGAGAAGAUCACAGUCCCUGUAGCUACACACAAAUAUGUACAGAGACUGAGACAGAUUGGGAAAGAAAACCCCACGUUGUUGGUGGCCCAUGCCUACACCCGUUACCUGGGUGACCUGUCAGGUGGGCAGGUCCUGGGGCGUAUUACCCAGAAGUCUUUGGGGCUGAGCAGCGGGGAGGGUCUGUCCUUCUUCUCGUUCCCUGGAGUGAGCAGUCCCAACCGCUUCAAGCAGCUGUACAGGAGCAGGAUGAACAGUGUGGAGCUGACGGAGGAAGAGAGAGAGGGAGUGCUGGAGGAGGCUGUCCGAGCAUUCGAGUUUAACAUCCAGGUUUUUGAUGACCUGCAGAAAAUGCUGACAGUCACAGAGGCCGACGCCAACUGGCAACGCCGACAGGCGCAACACUCCAGUAAAGAUGGUGUUGAGACUGUCAAGAACAGACUGACGGAAAAAGUACAGAUAAGUAGCAGUGACCUAUCAGAACAGAUUAAAGCUGUGACUAAGGACAGUCACGUCAGAGCUGAGAACACAGAACUUAUGCUGAGCUACCAAAGGGGACAUAUAACUCUCCCACAAUACAAGUUCCUGUUGUGUUCACUCUAUGAGAUCUACAGAGCUCUGGAGGAGGAGCUGGACAGAAACUCCUCCCACCCAGGUGUUGCACCAAUUUACUUCCCCCAGGAACUGGCACGACAAGAGACACUGGAGAAGGACCUCGAGUUCCUGCUUGGAAAGAACUGGCAGGAGCGGAUAGCAGUCCCUGCUGCUACACACAGAUACACAGAGAGACUGAGACAGAUUGGCAAAGAAAACCCCAUCUUGCUGGUGGCUCAUGCCUACACCCGUUACCUGGGUGACCUGUCAGGUGGGCAGGUCUUGGGACGCAUUACCCAGAAGUCCUUGGGGCUGAGCAGCGGCGAGGGUCUGUCCUUCUUCUCGUUCCCUGGAGUGAGCAGUCCCAACCGCUUCAAGCAGCUGUACAGGAGCAGGAUGAACAGUGUGGAGCUGACAGAGGAGGAGAGAGAGGGAGUGCUGGAGGAGGCUGUCCGAGCAUUCGAGUUUAACAUCCAGGUUUUUGAUGACCUGCAGAAAAUGCUUACAGUCACAGAAGAGACUGACGUCAGACACAGGCGCACGACGGGCAACGGAGACCCAUCAACUAUGGCUUUUCAACUACCCACUUCAUUGGUUUCCUCCUUAUCUGUAACACGAUUUGUCCUAGGAGUCUGCAUCGUCUUGGCAGUCGCUGUGGGAAUAUACUUGCGAUGACAAUACAACUAUCAGAACCAUUCUGAACCUUCACUCACUGUAUCGUGGACAGUAUUAACUGUACUAUUAUGACAAGUGGCAACGCACAGGCUUUGACUGACAGAUUCAUUAACAUUAUAAUUGUGCAUACUGUAGCUCAAAUUUAUUUCCAAAGUAUGUGAAGACUACCGCAGUAAUUUACUGUUCUAAUACUACUAUUUCAGUUUAAUAGGAUUUGAAGUUACUGUAAUCAAGUGUUCUGCACUGGGUCUAUUGUAAUAAUGUUUAUAAUGUUGCAAUACUUGAAUGAAGUAAGCAAAAUCGAGAUUUCAAAUACUGUCAAAUUUCAACUGCUAGUUACCAUGUAAUCACUUUCUUGUAUAUGUACAAAAAUUUUACACAUCCAAAUAAAACAAGGCAAAUGAAUUCUGUA